GGAAGAGUCAAGCAGAAAAUGACAAGAAAAGCAGCAGCAGCAACACGCCUCCCUCCCCUGUUUCAGCUUUUUCCUUCACCUCACCAUACUCUUUUCAUCACUUUUCUCACCAAAUUCAAUUCUCACACUCAAUCCAAUUCAAACACUUCAAUCCAAUGGAUAAAGAAACCCUAAAUUUGCCUAUAAAUUGAUCCAGCAGAAUUGAAACAAGGAGAGGAAGAUCAGAGGAAGAAAAGAAACGAUAAAAAAAUCUCACAUUUUCAUCACUUUCUUCCAUUUUUCGAAAUUCAUUCAAACCACCCUCAAACUUCAAUUUUCUUUCACCAAUCCCUUCUAACACAUACCAGUAGCGAAACACACAAGAAAAAACGAAGGAAAACCGUUGAGAGAAGCUUACCCAAGGUUCAAAAUAGCAAAGAAAAGAGUAGGUGUUAACCCAUCUAAGAAAGGCUCAAAACAAGAAGAGUCAAGCAGAAAAUGACAAGAAAAGCAGCAGCAGCAACACGCCUCCCUCCCCUGUUUCAGCUUUUUCCUUCACCUCACCAUACUCUUUUCAUCACUUUUCUCACCAAAUUCAAUUCUCACACUCAAUCCAAUUCAAACACUUCAAUCCAAUGGAUAAAGAAACCCUAAAUUUGCCUAUAAAUUGAUCCAGCAGAAUUGAAACAAGGAGAGGAAGAUCAGAGGAAGAAAAGAAACGAUAAAAAAAUCUCACAUUUUCAUCACUUUCUUCCAUUUUUCGAAAUUCAUUCAAACCACCCUCAAACUUCAAUUUUCUUUCACCAAUCCCUUCUAACACAUACCAGUAGCGAAACACACAAGAAAAAACGAAGGAAAACCGUUGAGAGAAGCUUACCCAAGGUUCAAAAUAGCAAAGAAAAGAGUAGGUGUUAACCCAUCUAAGAAAGGCUCAAAACAACUGAGUUGUGUCGCAAAGUACAACACCAAGCUCGUCAAGAUGGACCUAACACUAGAUCAUAAGAUCCACGAGAUUCGUGAAGAGGUGACUACUCUUCGAGCAGCAAUGGAUAGACUAACUGCCAUGGUAAAGAGCUUGAUGGCCGCUCGGAAUCAGUCACCAACUCCUCCAUCUCCUCGGAGUGGUGCAACUGAAGGUUUGAGAAGUAUUCUGACUUUGCUAGAGAAUAAGUUCCGUGAAGGUUUGGGUUACUCUUCUACAAAUGCAAGUGUUGUUACACAAGACACGGUUGUUCGGCCGAUUCAAGAAUUCUUUCGAAGCGCGGGUUUCAUCAAUCCUCCUCAACCCGAAGUUGAUGUUAUCCUUGAAAAUGAUCUUAAAGAGGAUUCACCCAACUUUGUGACGCAUGGGGAAGAUUCUGUAAACAUGGUAUAUGGAUGUCCCGGCGAGUACCGUAUCUUUGAUGCACAUUUAAUGAGAGGAGAUCUGGUACAAAUGCAUGCUACUUUGUUCAGGAUGGGUAAUUUAGAACGACAUAACUAUGGUUCUUGUCGAAUUUGUUGUAGAGACUCUCGAGGAUGCUCCGUGGUGAAGAGAGGCCUUCAAUACCUACUGGAUCAAGGUUUUAUCCAAGUCACCAGAAAUAGGAAUGAUAAUGUGUGAUUAUGGUUGAAGUUUGUUCAGAUGAACUUGUGGUCUCAGGUUAUGUCAAAUCCCGAAUGACCUUGUUUUGUCAUUUGUGGUCUUUUUAUUUUGGUUAAUGCGUUGUUUGCAUGUAAGAACUUGUUUGUUUUCUUGAAUGUUUAUCUUAAUACAAUGAGUAUGUUUGUCUUGAAGAAAUUCAUUCGUUUCACUCGUAUUUGCUUUCAACUAAAUUGUUUUUCUGCAUUAUGAUACCAAAAUUCUAUCAAUAUUCUUGCUUAGGCGAAAAUUGGAGGGAGGAUGAUGAUUGAAAACGCAAAAAAAUCUCUAAUUGUGUGCUCUUGAAUAAAACCCGGUUGAUGAUGUACAGGCAUUGUUUCAAUUCCCAAACACCGGAGAUAUAAGGAAGAUAAUCCCUCGUUAACCUUGUUGAGCCUUUGAAGUAGGAGUUUCUUUUCAAU